CAGGCGGGAGACGCUCCUCUCGGCUGUCUCUCUCGGUCCGUUGGUCCAUCCCGGUUCCCAUUGUCUCCCCUUCUACACUCCUUGAAGACAACCCCCGGGGAGGACAAACUAAACUUCACCUUUAAUUUAUUUUUUUUUUCGCUCAUGUGUGCUUUCUUUCUUUUUUUUUUUUUUUUUUAACCAAGCGCGUGAGGGACGUUUACUCAGACUUAAUAUUUCAACCCUGACCCUCUCCAUCCGAAAUGUGGACAUGCCUUGGUGUGUAUUUCACGUUGUAGAUAGAGAUUUACGGACGGACGGUGGAGGAGGUGAGUGAACGGAAAACACGGCUGAUAAACGGGUUUGUGUUUGAGGAGGAGAUGAACCGGAGAGGGACUUAGCCAAAACACACACCGAAAGCAGCGUCUGGAGUGGCCGUUGACACAUCAUAACAUCCUCGCGACAUUUCUACUCACCGUUCUCAGAGUGGACGAACAUCAUUUUAGAGACCAAAAAAAUUAAAAAACACUGGAUUAUAGCCGUUUCGUGAAGGUAACAUUUUGUGAAUUUUGUGAACGGUAUGAAUGAACCCUAAAGGAUGUCGCCGACGCUUGCCCGUUACUUCCCCUGAGAGGAGAGGAGAGCAGAGGAGAAACAGGCAGGGACCACUUUCACUUGUUUUCUCCACCCUAAAACAAAAAUUAGGUUGUUUCAUUCAGCUAAAUCCAACUUAAUCGGAUUAUUAAACAAGAGAGCGUUUUAAUCUGGGAGUGAAUAUCCUGUAGUCUUGUCCAUCUAAUCUCCACAUCUCUCUCUCUGUCUCUGCUUUUCAAGUUCAGGGUUUGUAUCAGUGUCGUGUUAAUGUGUGAUAAGGAUGCAACUAAUGGACGUGAUCUGGACUUUCUAGUUCAGCAGGUGAAACCAGGACAAGUGGCACCUUUGUGAGCAGAACUGAAGAAGCUUUAAUGCAGGUUUACUGCCUCAAGAGACCCACAUGAUCAGAAAUACUUCCCUUUGAAUAUCUCUUUGUGUGUGUUGCUUAUGUGUCAAAAUGCACCUGAUUUAUUUUUGAUCCUGCUUUGAAAGGUUCUGUCUGAAGCCACAUCGACAGCAAUUUGUGACUCCCUCAAGGUCUUACUUCCUCGCUUUGAUCCCUGACCCCGUGGCGGCUGCUGGAAAUCCAGGUGACCACAUUGCAGGUUGUGUACCUGUCAGCAGCACCUCUGUUUGAAUGAAUUAGGAGGUGUUUUUUUUUGUGGGUUUUUUUUUUUUAUUCUUCCGAGCUCCAAAGGGAACAGGGGCAGUGCUCUGUUCUUCCGAGGCCGUGCAGCAAGUCCCCUCUGCCUGGGCUGCCAGCCAGCCAGACAGCCCUCUGGGGGCUUUUGGAUCUGAAGGUCCAGCUGGAGAUUUGGGAGUUACUGUGAGUUCGUCUGCGAGUGGACCACUGGAGAGAGGGAGGAGGACGCCAUGGGGUGCUGUAGUGGCAGGUGUACACUGGCCUUCAUCUGUGGCAUGCAGCUGGUCACUGUGUUGGAGCGUCAGGUGAUCGAUUUCCUGGGCUACCAGUGGGCUCCCAUCCUCACCAACUUCCUCCACAUCAUUGUCGUCAUCCUCGGCCUGUUUGGCACGAUUCAGUUCAGGCCGCGAUAUGUCACCGGGUACGCUGCCUGGCUGGUCGUCUGGAUGACCUGGAAUGUGUUCAUCAUCUGUUUUUACCUGGAGGUUGGGGACUUGUCUAAGGACUCUGACCUUGUCCUGACGUUCAACCUGUCCAUGCAUCGCUCCUGGUGGAUGGAGAAUGGCCCGGGGUGCAGGGUGACACCCAUCACCCCUCCUCCCUCCUGGGCACCUGAGGACCACCGAUAUAUAUCUAUAUCUGGCUGUGUGAUGGAUUUCCAGUUCAUAGAGGUGGCUCACUCCUCACUGCAGAUACUCCUGGCUUUGGUGGGGUUCAUCUACGCCUGCUAUGUGGUCAAGCUCAUUUCAGAAGAGGAAGACAGCUUUGAUUUUAUAGGAGGGUUUGACUCAUACGGUUACCAGGGGCCUCAGAAGACCUCCCAUCUUCAGCUACAGCCCAUGUACAUGUCGAAGUAAACCCAGGAGCUCCUCACGACUCCCUGCCUUACCAGUCACCACUACUUAACAUCCUGCUUUUAGUACUCCGUAUGUUUUCUAACAAACAACACCCGAGACGCAGACAUGGAGACAGGAUUGAGGAGACAUUCUGCGAUUCGUUGUACAAAUCCCCACAGUCCUGGCCUCCCUCCUCUGCCUGUCUGCUGUUUUUAAUGGAGUCCGGUCUAUUCCUGAUAAAACACUAGCCUCCUGUGGUUGAACAAGGCAAUUGCAGGAUGUGAACCUCAUUAGUAUCAGGCAUCUCUGGUCUCAACUGCCUCUUCUCCUUUUUUUUUUUUUUUUUGUUUUGACUGUAAAAGGAUGCAGUCUGGACCCACUGACUUCAUCCUCUUAUGCUUUUGGGUGUCUGCAUUAUGAAAGAAACCAAAGGAAUGCAAAGAGUCACAGUCCGGUCAAUGAGAUCUCCCGGCUUCCAAGGACAAUGCUCGGAUUAUUUCUGUUACCACACGGAGCCAUGCUUGUUUAUACUGCUGCAGAAAUAGGCUACCGUCUCUACAUUUCAAAGAGAGCGUGUGAAGUGUUCCUGUAUCUUGAGUGCAGAUAAGCCUGACCAAAGAGUUAAAAAUUCCAGAGACACAUUUGACUGUCUCUGGAAGUUUGUGCUCUUUUUAUCCCACAUGUUAAGACUCUUCCACCUGAACUGACCAACCACUGACUAAUCAGAACCGAUCGAGGAAUGUCACCCUCCUUUUUGUUUCAUUUUGGUGCAUUUCAUACAAUGGAGAGAAAAAUAGCAAACAAAGGGCAUUGACACAUGUCUUUGCCUGGACUCAAAGUGGACAAACCUUAUUUUGUUGUUUCAUCAAACACUUUGAAUGUUAACAGUGUGAUGGUAAAGAAUUACAUAAUUAAAUAUCACAUGUGCAUGUGUACAGGAAGCAGACAAACACACACACACAUAGACAGCAUAUAACAGAUUUAUACAGUACAUACAGAUCCAACUGUUUUUUACUAAUAAUGUGAAUCUAAACAAUGUUUACAGUAGUUAUUCUGUCUGCCAGACAGAAAGACUGAAACUUUGACUGACAGAAGGACAGGUGGAUGAGACAGUUUAGACAGACAGGCAGACUGGGACGAAGCAAUGACACUUUUUUUGCUGUAAGAUCCCAAAGGCAGUGGGGUGUUUUCUGUUACACUGCACACAAACAGGGCAGUUUUUCCAGAUGUGUUUCUGUGGGUUGUUGCUGUUGUUGAAAUAUUUUGUCUUCCAUCCAAGACAGAUAGAUAAAGUCAGAGCGUCAGGAAGAAAAAUUAACCCUCCUCGUCUCCCAACAACAGGUCAAGCUGUGGUGCCCUCACAUGUGCACCUCACACGUUAAAAUCAACUCAGACAGCAAUUGUCACGCGAAUACUUUUCACCCGAAUAUAAACCAGACACUUGGAGGUCAGAUUAAGUGCCACUUAAGCCUCGUCAGCAUCCCGUUCUUUCUAAUGCAGUA